AUGUUAAGAAUUGUUGUAAAAAAUGUUAAUAAAUAUUUAAAUUGUUCAAUUUCUAAAAAUAAAAAUUUAACUAUAAAUAGAAUUGGAUUACAAAUUAAAUCAUUUUAUUCAACAACAGCAAUAAACACACAAACAUAUAAUUCCAAAGUAAUAUAUAAACUAAAAGAUGGAUCUAAAAAAGAAAUUCAAUUAGAAUAUGAGGAAGAAAAAGAAAAAGAAAAAGAAAAAGAGAAAGAAAAUGAAGAGGAAGAUGAAAAUAAAUUAAAAUUAAUAGACGAUAAUUUAUUAAAAAAUAUAAAAGAAAUGGAUAUUGAUUUCGAUGAAAAGUUAGAAGGUUUAGUUGAAAGAGCGCCACAAAUUUAUUCAGAAACAUAUGUUAUAGAAGACAAAUAUAAAUGGAGUGUACACCACAAUAACUAUUUGGACCUUUUGCUACAACCUUUUCAAACUUUUUAUAAAGAUAAAGUUCUCAGUAAACUUCAAGUCCUUAAUUUAGGAAUCGCUCACCCUAGGGAAUUCGAUUUCCUACCAACAUCACCACUUUUAAAAACUUUUCGUUGGGGUGACUUGGAAUCUUUAAGAUUCCUUUUUAAUUUUAUUGCAAAGAGAGAGGGUUUUAAAAGUUUAGAUGAUUGGUAUAAGCAAGAUAUUUAUUCAAUUCAUCGUAUAUAUCAAUUACAAAGAAUUAGAAAUCAAUAUGCUCCAUUAAACAUUCCUUCACUUUUAACGCAUAUUUAUCCAUAUCAUAAUUGGGAUACAAGAAAGUUUACAUUAAAAGUAAUAGUAAUAUCAGCAUCAACUCAAAUAAUUCAAAGAAUACUUAAAGAACUUGGAUAUAUUAGUAAAGUUGAGCCAUAUCCAAUUCCCAACCCUAUUAAACCAUUACCUAUAUCAUUGCAUCACCAGAUCAUGUAUAAAAAUUAUUUUGCACAACAUAGGGUAAAAAACUUAAUAUUAUUGACUCAGAAUUUUAAAUUAGAUUAUUUUAGUUUGUAUGAUCAUUUAUCAUUAUAUAAAAUUGGUGACUAUACUAAUGAUCAAAUAAAUAAUAAUGAAAAUAAUGAAAAUAAUAAUAAUAAUGAAAAUAAUGAAAAUAAUAAAAAUAAUGAAAAUGAUUUUGUAAUGCGUAAAAAACUAUUUAAACUAAAAGAAGAGUUUAAAAAAAAUCCAUAUAAAGUGGAUAAAGAGAAAGUAUAUGCAAUUGAUUUCAAUAAUAAUAGACCAUAUCUUAUUUAUGAUUCAAUCACUCGUUCUAUUAGUUUUAUUUGUUUUUUUCAUCCAUAUUUAAAACCAUGGUUAUUCAAGUAUCAAGAUUUUGAAAGUGAAAGAGAAUAUUCACAAUUAAUGAUCAAAGAGAUUGAAGAGAGAUUCAAUAUUGUAGGACCAUCUCAAUGGUAUGAUUUAAAAUAUAGUAAAGAGUUGGAGGAAUUGUUACCAAAAGAUUGGCAUUAUUGUUUGAAUUUCAUUCAAUAUUUGAAUAUCAAGUAUCCAUCAUUCAAUUUUCAAUCGAAUAAAUUUAAAGAUCAAAAGAUUUUUGAAAAGUUUUAUUACACUCCCACUACUCGCUUCAUUAAAUCGGUCUUGGAUGAAUUUCUCUUGUCAAAUGAUUUUAAAGAAAUUUCCGACUUGUGGGGACAUUCCAGUGUUGAACAUAUGUUGACUGAAAGAUUAAGAACAGAAUUAAAACUUCCUUUUAGAUUAGCCUAUUUAGCUCAACUUUACCCUUUUGUUCAUCCUGAAAGAAAUUUUGGUCCGGAACCACCACCAAAACUAGCUAUUCACAAAGGAUCUUUGAUUGAAAUGGUUGCAAAAGAAAAUCUAUCAAUGGAGGAUUUAUACAAAUUAGAUAAAAUCAAUGCCUUAAAAAAAGAGAAUCUAAUCCAAUCUACUAUUAGAUCUGUAUUUCCAGAUUAUGAUUGGAUUGACUUGAAAUUUCCUAUCAAACCAAAUCAAAUAACCAAAUUUAGGAAAAAUAAGAUUGCCAUUCAAUAUUACAAUUACCUUGCAAAAAAAUAUUCUUUUGCUCAUCCAUUGGAUUUGAUAUCAAUCAUCAGUACUAUCGAUAGUACUUCAAUAGAUGGUCUUGCCAAUAAAAGAUUCAUUGAAUUUGGUCUCUUUAAUCAUAUUAUUGCCAAAUCUAUUGGUAUGGAGGAUUUUCCAAACGUUACUUCUUUACCAUUCGAUGAUUCUAUGAUUAAUAGUUAUUUUAGAAAGAUUUUAAAUCUAACUGAUGAAGACAUUGGUAUCAAUAUUAAUAGAUUCACUGUUUUUUCAGAAUUGUUAAAAAAACAAGUUAAAAAAUAA